UUGAAUAAUGAAUACAGCCGGAGCCGGUGGGCGGUGGCUGGUGUUUGGCGAAGACCUUUGCAGGAGUGUGCACGUGCAUUUAGCACUCGGAGCUUUAAAUUUCAGGACAGCGGACCACUGACAAUCAGACGACAUUCAUAUUGGCGGUCGGCCGGUUUGGCCGUUCAUCAGCUCCAUUUGACCAAGAACGGAGAAACGGGCUUCUAUCAUGGCUGACAAUUCUCAAGCGAAAGGAGGGAAGUCAAAGAAGCAACUGAAAAAAGAGGCAAAAGAGAAGGAAAAGGCAGUAAAACGUGAAGAGCACCGUGGCGCUGUAAACCAAAAUGAUGGAAUGCAAACGCAGGAAGACGAUUGCUCCAUUGGACAAUAUGGGUUGGUUGGACUAAUCCAAAGCACAGAAAGGCCUACUCAGGAGUACGUGCAUGUCAGAGACCUUCAAUCAACCCUUGCAGGUAGCAUUGUUUGGGUUCGAGCGCGCUUGCACACAAGCCGAGCCAAGGGCAAGCAAUGCUUUGCUGUAUUGAGGCAGCAGGAGAGCACUGUGCAAGUUCUUGCCCAAGUUGAUGAGAAUACCAGCAAGCAGAUGGUCAAAUUCCUCUCUAACAUCAGCAAAGAGAGUAUUGUAGACAUUGAAGGCAUUGUUCAUGCUGUUGAGCGCCGUAUUGAAGCUUGCACUCAGCAAGACACUGAAUUGCAUGUGCGCCAAGUAUUCCUAGUCUCGGCCGCUAAAACUAAAUUGCCUUUGCAAGUUGAGGAUGCUGCCCGUCGAGAUGAUUUACCGGAUGCUGAAGGCCUCACAAUUCGAGUUAACCAAGAUACCAGACUAGACCACCGCAUCCUGGAUUUGCGAACUCCAGCAAACCAGGCUAUAUUCAGGUUGGAGGCAGGUGUCUGCCGCCUCUUCAGAGACUUAUUAACAGUCCAAGGAUUCACUGAAAUACACACACCAAAAAUCAUCUCUGCAGCAUCAGAGGGCGGCGCAAAUGUUUUCACCGUGUCCUACUUUAAGGGCCAAGCUUACUUAGCCCAGAGUCCUCAGCUAUACAAGCAGAUGGCUAUUGCUGCUGAUUUUGACCGAGUUUUUACAGUUGGAGCAGCAUUUUUCCGUCCUACCUUGUCGCAGAGCACACAGAGAGUCGGGGCUGACCUUGUCGGGCCGGGCAGCACGUUGAUGUCACCGCACAGCAGCGCGAAGAUGGGUGGUGAACUGGGCAUACAGGGGGCUCGGCAGCGCCCGCGGGUCCUGCUGGUGGAGCCGCCGUUGAAGGACGUCGCUCUGGAGCCGCAGGAGGAUGACACAGGCCAGGUUUUCAGGGCUGAAGAUAGUAACACUCAUCGUCACCUGACAGAGUUUGUGGGCCUCGAUUUGGAAAUGGCCUUCAAAUGGCACUAUCAUGAGGUUCUCGAUGUGAUUGGCAACACAUUCACGCAGCUCUUUGAAGGCUUACAGGAGCAUUUUGCUGCUGAAAUUGCUGCUGUUGGACAGCAAUAUCCUGUUGAUCCGUUCGUCUUCCUGAGCCCACCUCUGAAGCUCACCUUUCGUCAAGGCUUGGAUCUGUUAGCUGAGGCUGGUGUACAUCUUGACGAAGAAGAUGAUCUUUCGACCCCAGACGAAAAGCUCUUGGGGCGCCUUGUUAAAAAGAAGUACAACACUGACUUCUAUAUUUUGGACAAGUUCCCUCUAGCUGUUCGACCUUUCUACACAAUGCCAGACGCUCACAAUCAGAAAUGGAGCAACUCAUAUGAUAUGUUCAUGCGUGGUGAGGAAAUUCUUUCUGGAGCGCAGCGUAUCCAUGAUCCAGACAUGUUGACUGAGCGAGCAAAACACCAUAACAUAGACCUUAUCAAAAUUGCUGCAUAUAUUGACUCCUUCCGCUAUGGAUGUCCUCCCCACGCAGGUGGAGGAAUUGGUCUGGAAAGAGUGGUAAUGUUGUUCCUUGGCCUGGACAAUAUCAGGAAAACAUCUAUGUUCCCCAGAGACCCAAAAAGGCUGACACCCUAAAAGAUGGUGCUAUUGGCGGUGGUGCUAUAGCCGCUUUGUUGUGCGAGAGGCCACAUUACGCUCAGUUUGAAUUUCUUGCAGUUUUUUUCCAUUUAUCUUUUGAGCCGUGCAGAUUUGUGUAAAUAUCUGCAUUAUGUCCAAAAAUAAAAAUAAAGUGAUGUUCAUGAUUU